AUGCAUUUCACUAACUUGUGCGCCUUUUCUCUCUCUCUCUCUCUCUCUCUCUCUCUCUCUCUCUCUCUCUAUCUAUCUAUCUAUCUUUCUCUCUCCCGCUAUCUUUUUCUGAUAAUAUCUAUCUAUCUAUCUAUCUAUCUAUCUAUCUAUCUAUCUACAUAUCUGUGUGUCUGUUUGCCUUUCUGUCAUUCUGCCUCAAACUUCUGUUCACAUCUAUCUAUUUCCCAGUCUAUUCAUAUCUAUCUAUCUAUCUAUCUAUCUAUCUAUCUAAUCUAUUUAUUUUCUGUUUAUCUAUCUAUCUAUCUAUCGAUCUAUCUAUCUAUCUAUCUAUCUAUCUAUCUAUCUAUCUAUCUAUCCACUCUCUUAAUAUCUACCUGUCUGCAUGUCUAUCUCUUUAUUUACUUUUCUUUCUCUAUCUAUGAAACAAAUACACUAUUGCAUAUUGCUUUUCUGCAUCUAUAUAUCUAUAGAAUCUUCUUUUCUGUUUUCUUUAUCUAUCUAUCUAUCUAUCUAUCUAUCUAUCUAUCUAUCUAUCUAUCUAAGUCUGUUCCUAUCGUUUCAUCUACCAAACUAUUUCUUUAUUUCCUUUCUUUUACUGUGUUGAACAAAUUUGUCGUUGCAACUUGCUUUUCAUCUAUCUAUCUAUCUAUCUAUCUAUCUAUCUAUCUAUCUAUCUAUCUAAUCUAA